CCUUUUCCUUAUUUUGCUUAUUUUUCUCCUCCUUUGUCUUUGAAUUUAUCUUGUCUUCACUGUUACUUAUUUGUGGUGCCCAGGGAUUGAAGAGAAGAGAUGCAAGAGAGAUUUAGCACAACAGAGCUAGAGUUGCUAGAGGGCCUAGAAGGUGUAGAAGCUCAUUGUCCCGGUACAAUGCAAGCGAGGACAGCUGAAGGCAGAGCAAGGAAACUUGAAGACUACAAUGGGGCUGCUCAACACAAUGCGAACGACGAUCGGGGCUACUUCAGCCUGCAAUCUUUUCUGGUACUUCUCUGCAUCACUGCGUCGUUAGUGAUUCUUCCGCUUAUUUUGCCGCCGUUGCCUCCCCCGCCUUUUAUGUUGCUGUUACUCCCAAUUGGCAUAUUUGUUGUUCUCUUGAUCUUGGCUUUCAUGCCCUCUGAUGUUAGGGAUAUUACUUCCUCUUACAUGUAGAGAUCGAAGUUUUUGGAUUAAUUUCAAUAUGAAGUUGAGUUGUGUCACUG